CCCUCCACGAACCCGGUGGCACGUGUGAUUUGGUGUGAUCGAAACUAACCUUUAAAAGUGCCAAGAAGUCGAGAGUUUUCAAAAAUCUACACGAAACAAAAAAUGAAUUGUUGGAAAGUGUCACAUUAAGAAAAACAAGUGAGAAAUCUUCAAUAACACUAGGUAAAAAACAAUGCUUUCGACAAGAGUAUUUAUAUCUCAGUGUAGAUCUUUGAAGAAACAAUGGCGUCAAGGAUUGUCGAGUCGAGAAUACUCAAAUGACAAAUCGUCCAACGAAGGAACUGAUGAAAUAAAGGAUGAAGGGCCCAAUCUUACGGAACUUUUACGAGGUGCUGCAAAUUUUAAUGAAUCAACAGACAAAACUUGGGCAACAACGCCGUACCCUGAGGGUGCUCCGUCUGUUCCAGAAGGGGAAGAAAUCAGUAAACCAAAAAUGGAUCCCUUGGAUACAUCAGUUUUAUUGUUUCCCGGUCAGGGAAUCUUGAAGGUCGGAGCAGUCUCAAAGUACAUGAAAUUUCCACGAGUUAAGGAACUCUUUGAAAGUGCCAAUUCUGCUUUGGGUUAUGAUCUGGAAAAAUUAUGUCUUCAUGGUCCGCAAUCCCAGCUCAAUAGAACAGAGUUCAAUCAGCCCGCAACAGUAGUUGCUUCCCUUGCCGCUCUGGAACGUCUUUGGGAGGAACGACCAAGAGCUAUAGAAACGUGCAAAGUUGCAGCUGGCUACAGUGUCGGAGAACUAACCGCGCUGGUUUUUAGCGGAGCUAUUGAAAUAGAGGAUGCCAUAAGAUUAGCAGCUGUAAGAGGUGCUGCUAUGCAAAAGGCUUCUCAAAAAUGCCCUCAGGGCAUGAUCUUUGCUUUCUGUUCUGCCAAAGCUAAAAUUGUUGACAUUUGUAAAGAUGCACAAGCUUGGGCUACCGACUUGGGCAUUGAGAAUCCCAUUUGCAGAAUUGCAGUUUACCUUUACACACAAGGCAAAGUAUUAGCUGGUAAUGAAGAGGCGCUCCGAUACAUUGAAAAAAAUGGUGAGAGUUUAGGAUUAAGAAGACUGAAAAGACUUCCAGUUUCGGGUGCGUUCCACACUGAACUUAUGGAGCCUGCAUUGGACCCAUUCAGGAAAGCUCUUGCAUCUAUUCAACUUGAAGAGCCGAGGAUAGAAGUGUACUCCAAUGUAAAAGCUCAACCGUACAAAUCGAGCAGGGACAUAAAAAAAUUUUUACCGAAACAAAUCGUCGCGCCAGUUAAAUGGGAACAAACGUUACAAAAAAUUUAUGAACGACCACUAGAAACUCCGUUCCCCAGAACUUUUGACCUUGGCUCCAACGGAACGAUGAAAAUUAUAUUAAAAAAUUUGAACGCCAAAGCUUGGGAUAGUUGUUUUGAAGUGUAAAAUAUUGAAAAUUGUAACCAUUUUUUUUUUAAAUAAACGUAAAAGGUGGGACAUGUGCGAGUAAGUCUCGCGUGCACUACUAUUAACCAUAUCUGUA